AUGACCUACACCUUCCUACAGCUCACUGCCAAGGAAGACAUCUCGCUGUACGAUCACGCCCUAGGCCACGCUACUGCUCCUGCUGCUACUGCCGACAGCACUGCUCGCUCACAGUGGCAGACUCGUGACGCCCAUGCUCGCUUCGCUAUUCGCAACUCUCUGCCGAUAGAUGAGCGCGAGCACUUUGGACAGCACAAGACUGCACAGGCCCUGUACACUGCUGUCGUUGCCCGCUACUCCUCACCCGGCCUCUGCCGCUCUUGGCCGGGUGUUCUCCCUCCCCCCUUCUUCCCUCUGUCGCCUCUACUGCUGCUGUCGACCUCCUUGGUGCUGAGAAGGUCGGGACUGCGUGCUGCUUCGAGCGGGCGCCGCAGCGGCAAGGGCAAAGGAGGCAAGGCGGUGGUGGUGACAGCGGGGGUGGCGGUGGUGGGGGAGGUGGUGGCGGGGGGGGUGGCGCGGUGGGGGAGGGGGCAGCGGUGGUGGUGGGGUGGCGGCAGCGGCGGGGGAGGUGGCCGGGGCGGAGGAGGUGGUGGGGGUGGCGGUGGACGAGGCGCCGGCAGGGGUUGGGGUGGUCGAGGGGUGGUGGCGGGGGUGGUGGUCGAGGAGGCACUGGCGGUGGCCAGGGACAGCAGCACACUCCGUCGCCCCAGGAGGUCCGUGAGUGGUACUCUCAGCACGGGGGGGGGGGGUGGCCUUAGCUGCACGUACGUCAUUCGCACUGGUGACCGCACUGGCCAGCCGUGUGGGGGACCGCACGCCACACAGCGUUGCCUUCGCUCGUCUGAGCGACGCUUGGCGUGUUCAGUUCCUCAGGCCACUGAGCUGCCCCGCUGGGUUGAUCUCCUGAAGAAGGGGAUUGAUAUCUAUGCUCUAGACUUUGAUGCUAUUCUCUCUGCCAUGUAUGUGAUGUCUACUAGUGGAGAGGGUUCUGAGUACCUGAGUGUCCCGCCCGACCCGGGCAUUAGGACUAGUGCGUCUGCUGCUCCAGGUACCCACGUGUCUGCUACCCCAGGUGCUGGUGAGGCUGCUGCUCUAGGUGCGUGCGUGUCUGCCCCCCCUGGUAUGGUGUCGACUGCAGCACUGCACACCUUCACGCUGGAUUCAGGUCUCCACCUCCCCUCGUUCUCCACGAACUUGGUGGCAGGUUGUGCUCUCCAGGACGGGGGUGUUCACCAGUUCACCCCUGCCUACGAGCGUGUGACACACUGCACGUGUGCUCGUACGGGCCGCCACUUGGCUACCUUCACCCGGCAGCCGGGGUCGGACCUGUACACACUGACUACUGCCUCCCCUCAGGUCGCUACGUCUGCGUCUGCGUUUGCGUCCGCGUCAGGUCAGCUGUCUGCCCCCUGCUCAUGUCGCUCUCUAGUGCACGAGACUGUCCUCUGGCACCACCGACUUGGCCACCCGUCUGUGCAGCGCCUUCGUGCCAUGCACUCCCGGUACCUUGUCUCUGGUCUUCCCAGGGUCCUCCCUCCCCUCCCACCCUCGCCUGCUCCUCCCUGCCUUCCCUGUGUCGAGGGUGCAGCGCGCCGCUCCUCACUCCUCCUCGUUUCCCCGACGACUGCUCCUUUGCAGACGCUCCACAUGGACGUGUGGGGCCCAGCCCGCGUCCGUGGUCAGGGUCAGGAGAGGUACUUCCUGAUCGUUGUUGACGACUACUCGCGCUACACCACGGUCUUCCCCUUGCGCACCAAGGGUGAGGUCCCUGAUGUUUUGAUCCCUAGGAUCCGCAGAGCUCGUCUCCAGCUCAGCGAGCGUUUCCGCUCGGACUUUCCUGUCCUGCGCUUGCACUCUGACAGAGGUGGUGAGUUCUCCUCCGACCUCUUGGCAGCCUACUGUGCUGAGCACGGCAUUGAGCAGUCGUUCACGCUUCCGGCCUCUCCACAGCAGAAUGGGGUUGCGGAGCGCCGCAUUGGCCUGGUCAUGGAGGUCGCUCGUACCUCCUUGAUUCAUGCGGCUGCCCCCCACUUUCUGUGGCCGUUUGCGGUCCGGUACGCUGCGCAUCAGUUCAACCUCUGGCCCCGUGUCUCCUUGCCGGAGACCUCGCCCACACUGCUGUGGACGGGGGAGGUUGGCGAUGCGUCGCGUUUCCGGGUCUGGGGAUCUCGAGCUUUUGUCCGCGAUUCGUCUGCGGACAAGCUCUCCUCUCGUGCUGUUCCCUGCGUCUUCCUCGGCUUUGUUCCGGACGCGCCUGGGUGGCAGUUUUACCACGCCGCCUCGCGCCGGGUCUUGCCCUCUCAGGACGUCACUUUUGACGAGUCUGUCCCCUACUACCGCCUCUUCCCCUACCGCACUGCCCCGCUCCCACCCCCGCCUCUCUUCCUCGCGCCAGGUGCUGCUGUCGUAGACCCCCUCCCCCUCAGGGUGCCGCUCCCUCAGGUGUGUCUCAGGUAG